AUGCAGUGGUUCCUCGACUUCCAGAAAGAGUGUGAGCGCAAGGAGGAGGCAAAGAGACUGGCCUUGACCGUUCUGAAGGCGAAUCCUCUGCACAUCGAACCUUGGAUGACCGCUCGCGACCGGUGCGACUGGAUGCCGUUCUUCUGCAACGCAGGAGCAGCAGGAUGCAUGGGUUGCUGGGGCGUGCGCGAGGCGCUUCGAUUCCGUGUCGCGAGUGCGAGAUGCCUUCGUGCCUUGGAAGCCGACGGUGAAUGGAGAGCCCUGACGUUCCUCGGCAGAAGCCGCAUGGGCCUGGAAGCGCGGGGGUCCCACGGGGCGGGCCUGCCUUCUGCUCAGGAGUUCGCUGCCGCGUAUGAGAAGGUCAUGUGUUUCUGCCUGCUGGAGCCGAGCUUUGAGGUGCGGCUGCUCCUGGGAGGCGUUGGCGAUGAGCUCGCCGACGAAUACAGGACCCACAAGGCGCUGAGAUUUGAUGUAAAGCACGCUUCUUCGGUUGGUGCGGUGGCAGAUGUGCAGAUGGGAUAUUGGGACAACGACCACGCCUCUGAUGACGGUUGGGCGGAUGCAGACUGGAGCGACGCUCCACCAGAUAUUUUUAACCAGUUUGAAUCAUGCGCAGAUUCAAUUCAUUUGGUUGUUCAAUACAAGGGUAAACAGUACACGCUUGCGGAAGCGUUUGCCAAUGAAGGAUCACGAGGUAUAUCUUUUGAUUUGGUAAACACGCUGUCGCCGCUGAUGCAGAUACACUCUUGCGGAGAUCGACAGUUUUGCUGCGAGGUGAUUUUCCAUGUGGAAGCGUACAUUCCGACAGCUACGUUCACCCAUUUUGUGGGCCUUUGUCAGCGCCCAAGCUUCCCAGCGUUGGCAUUGGGGGAUGCGCUUCUACCUGCCAUUGACACGCCACCAACACUGGACCUAGUUGGUUCAGCAUGGAGCUCGCAUGACAUCGAUUCGUAUCCGAGCAAACACAAUUUUUCCUUCCAUGGCACAAUGAUGAUGCAGCCAUUGACGUCCAAUUCUACAGAUCUUCAGGCUGCGGUUCCUGCAAGGGAGCGCGCUCGCCUAGCCUUGGCAUCGAUGCUUAGACCUGCAGCAGAAGCUCAUGACGAAAAUAGCAACGCGCUCAGGUUGCUCAGCGAGCUGAUCGUGCAGCAAAUCGGCCGAUUGACAGAGGCCAAUGGAGCUGUACCGCGCGACCUCGAGGCCAGCGUAGUCGGUCAACUUGCAUCGCUGGUGGAAAUUGCAGGCCGGGAUGGGAAUCGAUUCCGGGGGCUGUCGGCUGACGAUGCGCUCGCUGCUGUUGCGGACAUGGCGAACCCAGAUGCUGUCAUUUACGAAGCAUCUAUCAGCCCGAUGGGCGAUUGGGAAUGGAUGGAGGACACGUUUGAGGUAGAUCGCGUCUCCCUCUCCGCGCUAGACUCGCUCGGGAGAGUCCGAUUCCAGCUGCACGCCAUGGAGAUGCCCUCAGCGCGCCUCGGUCAUCGGCCUGCCCGUGGAGACACCAGGCAUGCCACCGGGAUGAACGGCAAGGUGUCGGUGUACUUCACUCCGUGCCGCCUUCGCCUGACAUUCCUCGACGGCUCAAUUGCUGAAUCGGUCGUUGGCGCACGGGGCAGUUCGGCCGAAUGA